AACUGCCCUGCACUAGGACUUGCCUCAGAGCCUAUGGAGGCUACCAGAGUUAAGAUUUGUAGGUUCCUGAAAAAUGAGGAUUUAGUGGACCAUUUUGACCUUCUGUCCUUAAUGAUAACAUAUUUUUAAAUCCUGAAAGGCAAGAAAAGAGAAAUUUCCCGAAAAGACUUCUGAGAAGGCGGGCAAGAAUCAGAGCCUCCUGGUGAAAUUAUCGGACACUCUGGGAGUUAGCUUGGAAUGCAUACUCAACUCACUUGCAAUCAUUCUUAACUUUUAGAGAAAGCCUCCCAAAUUUAACUUUAUUGAACAGCAGCCAUUGGCUGUUUUCCUGAUUUCUCUGUGCACAGAUAGAACUUCCAGCAUCUCCUCCUUUUCUGCUGACCCUUGAUGUGCUGUUUUUCUGACCAGGAAUAGCAAACUUUCCUCUUUCCCUGUCUCCUGUACUGGGCAGGAGGAAUUCUCGCCAUCUCCAAAUCUUGGAGGACUGGGGAAGUUGAGUCCUUCUGAAGCUUGAAGAGAAUGCUCUCUGCAUCCUGACAUAGGAACUAUUUGAGUAUAAAGAAGAUGCUGCAUGCAUACAUUCAAAGGAACUAGUGAAUAGCUGGUAUGCAUUUUGAUACUGUGCUAAUUGGUAGCCCUGAGGUCUUUGGGCUUUGUUUAUAGACUUCUCCCAAGACCCUCCAAGUAAGGCCUGCAUGUUACUUCUCACAGGCUCUCAGAGAGUCUUGGGAAGACAGAGGCCUCUCUUUUAGACACGGAGAAGUAUUGUGGGAGGUGACUUGCCCAAGGACACACAAGACUCCUGUGACUUUCAAGUUAGAGUGGUAUUAUGCAGCCAGAAUUCGCCUGGUGUGACUUCUGUCUCAGAACCUAGAACAGUGCUCUUCUGCAGUAAAGACUCCUACUUUAUUCCCUUUUCUCUUAGUAUAAAAAAUUUAAUGUGGGUUAGAGGUUUUUAUUAUUUCUCCAUUUAACUUGAGAAAGCAACCUCAUGGGUUCAUAUUUUUGUUUCCCUCCUUUUAAAGGCAGGCGAGAUUUCACGAGUAGAUGAAAGAACACCCAAAUUUGAGGGAAUGUUCCAAGUACAUAAAUACUUGUGGCUGAGAGAAAACAAUGGCCCUCCCUCAAAUACUGCAGGGAAGAACCAGUAUUGGGAGCAGCUGUGUUUGAAAGUCUCCUAAUUGUUAUUUAUUCUAUCUGUAGAUCUAUAGUCCAACCAAUGUAUGAAUAGGGCCUUGGCUGAUUACAUCUCUGUUUUGAUCAGAACUGCUAUAAGUAAAAGACUUGUAGUAUACUGUUUUCUUAAACUGCUAGGGUUUUACCACAAAUCAGAGUUGUUUCUUGUGAUUCAGCCUUCUUCAGCCUCUGUUCAUCUCUAAGAAAUUGAACCUAGAGUAGUAAACAAGUGAUACUUCUGUAAACUCCCUAAGGGAUGACUCCUCAGAUCUGUGAACCCCAUCAUCCCUCCUAAUCUCAAGUCACUUAUUUUCUUAUGCUUUGUGGAGUUCUCCUAUAAGCACCUGAACUCCAGCAUGUCCCAAAUGAUUUUCUCCUUAAGUCUGCUGCUCCUGCAUGAGUUCCUAUGUCCAUUAAUGGCAUUCUUUAUGACACAAGCAAGAAAUCUUGGCACCAUCUUUAUCUCCCUUUUUGCUUACUCCAGUGUACAUUUGACUACUCCAUUUUCCAAGAUGAUAUUCUAGGCAUGUCAGUCUUCUAUUUUUUCCUCUGUAAAGGCAGGUAGUAGGGUAGGAUCCAUAUCUUUACCUCCAGUGCCUUCUGCUUGGAAGAUAAUGCUUCCUGCUGGCCAGUUCCCAUUCCUCAGCCCAAAUACUACAUCCUUGGCAAGCCAUUCCUCUCUGAAUCUCCUUCCCAGGAAGAUGCAGUCACUUCUUCCUCUGGAUUGCCAUUUUUUUUUUUUUUUACUCUAAUGCUCAUGAAACUUUGUGGUAAAUUUUUAUUUGAAGGUCUGGCUCUUCUGCUACAUUCUGAGAUCUUUGAGAGUAGGAACAGUAGAUCUGUGUCUGGCACAUAUGUAAGCACAAAAGCUAUUGACUAUAUUUAAUUGACUUGAAUUAGAAAAAGAUGUGUGAAAUAGAAGAGGAACAAUUAAAUGCUUAUUUGUAUUUGAUCUCAUUUUAGUAUUUUUCUCUUCCCAUUUCAUUCUCUCCUCUCUCUUAGAAAAAAGCAUGUAAAUGUUCUGUUCCUAUAAAAACAAUUUAGAGACUUUCUUUAUCAGCAGACAGAAUAACCUGGUUACAUUGUUGAUGUUCUGUCUAAAUGAAAUUUAGCUAACAACUGUUAAACAGUUAAAAAUAUUUAACUAACAAAUAUUAUUUAUAGGGAGCAGGCAUUGGUCUUGGAGUCUGAGGGUCCAGGUUCCAGUUUGGUUGCUGCCAUUUAUUACGUGGAUGACCCCAGGCUGAUUCCAGCACCACUUUAUGAGAAGAAACUGUCAUAGCUUCACAUUGCCUCUAAGAAAAUGAAACGCACCUAAGUAUUAUUGGACAGCAAGAGUAUUUUACAGUGAUUACUGCUCAGGAAAUUUGAGUGAAGUACUGCAAAAGAGGAGCAAAGCAGACCCGAGAGAGAAGGCAGCAGUGCUCCCCUGCGACAUGCUCCAUCACCGGGCAGGGAAGACGCUGCUGCUACCUCUGCACAGCUUCGUUCAAGAGCGCUGGAAAUUGAUGGUACAAAACAGAAGAGGGAACGGAAAAAGACAGUCUCAUUCAGCAGCAUGCCAACAGAGAAGAAGAUCAGCAGUGCGAGUGAUUGUAUUAAUUCAAUGGUUGAGGGUUCAGAACUCAAAAAGGUUCGCUCCAACUCUAGAAUUUAUCAUAGGUACUUUUUACUGGAUGCCGACAUGCAGAGCCUAAGGUGGGAGCCAUCUAAGAAGGAUUCCGAGAAAGCCAAGAUUGACAUUAAAUCCAUCAAGGAAGUGAGAACAGGAAAAAACACAGACAUAUUCCGCAGCAAUGGCAUUUCUGACCAGAUAUCUGAAGAUUGUGCAUUUUCUGUCAUAUAUGGAGAGAAUUAUGAGUCACUGGAUUUGGUUGCCAACUCUGCAGAUGUUGCAAACAUCUGGGUUACAGGACUGCGGUACCUAAUUUCUUAUGGAAAACAUACACUCGAUAUGUUAGAAAGUAGCCAAGAUAACAUGAGGACUUCUUGGGUUUCACAAAUGUUUAGUGAAAUUGAUGUAGAUAACCUUGGACAUAUAACUCUGUGUAAUGCUGUGCAAUGUAUCAGAAACCUCAAUCCCGGUUUAAAAACAAGCAAAAUUGAGCUUAAGUUCAAAGAAUUGCAUAAAUCAAAGGACAAAGCUGGUACCGAGGUCACAAAGGAAGAAUUUAUUGAGGUUUUUCAUGAGCUUUGUACUAGACCUGAAAUUUAUUUCCUUUUAGUUCAGUUUUCAAGCAAUAAAGAAUUCCUUGAUACCAAGGACCUUAUGAUGUUUCUUGAGGCAGAACAGGGUGUGGCACAUAUAAAUGAGGAAAUAAGCCUUGAAAUUAUUCACAAAUAUGAGCCAUCCAAAGAGGGUCAGGAAAAGGGCUGGCUGUCCAUAGAUGGGUUCACUAAUUACCUUAUGUCACCUGACUGUUAUAUAUUUGAUCCAGAACAUAAGAAGGUCUGUCAGGAUAUGAAGCAACCUCUGUCUCAUUACUUUAUAAAUUCAUCUCAUAAUACAUACUUAAUAGAGGAUCAGUUCCGAGGUCCCUCCGACAUCACAGGAUAUAUUCGAGCUCUUAAAAUGGGUUGCCGGAGUGUUGAAUUAGAUGUAUGGGAUGGGCCAGACAAUGAACCUGUAAUUUACACAGGCCACACCAUGACCUCUCAGAUAGUUUUCCGCAGUGUCAUCGAUAUUAUUAACAAGUAUGCAUUCUUUGCUUCAGAGUAUCCUCUUAUCUUGUGUUUAGAAAACCACUGUUCCAUUAAACAACAGAAGGUAAUGGUUCAGCACAUGAAGAAACUUUUAGGAGACAAGCUCUAUACAACAUCACCCAAUGUUGAGGAAUCUUAUCUACCAUCCCCAGAUGUCCUGAAAGGGAAAAUACUAAUUAAAGCAAAGAAGCUGUCCUCAAAUUGUUCUGGGGUAGAAGGAGAUGUUACUGAUGAAGAUGAAGGAGCGGAAAUGUCUCAGAGGAUGGGAAAAGAAAACGUGGAGCAACCCAACAAUGUGCCUGUGAAGCGAUUUCAGCUUUGUAAAGAACUAUCUGAACUGGUCAGCAUCUGCAAAUCAGUUCAGUUCAAAGAAUUUCAGGUGUCAUUUCAGGUUCAGAAGUAUUGGGAAGUCUGUUCGUUUAAUGAAGUGCUUGCUAGCAAGUACGCCAAUGAAAAUCCAGGGGACUUUGUAAAUUACAACAAGCGUUUUCUUGCCAGGGUUUUUCCCAGUCCAAUGAGAAUUGACUCCAGUAACAUGAACCCUCAAGAUUUUUGGAAAUGUGGUUGCCAAAUUGUAGCCAUGAACUUUCAGACACCAGGACUGAUGAUGGACCUGAAUAUUGGCUGGUUUAGGCAGAACGGAAACUGUGGCUAUGUCCUCCGGCCAGCCAUCAUGAGGGAGGAGGUCUCCUUCUUCAGUGCCAAUACAAAAGACUCUGUCCCAGGGGUCUCACCUCAGCUUCUUCACAUUAAAAUCAUCAGUGGGCAGAACUUUCCCAAGCCCAAAGGAUCAGGUGCCAAAGGUGACGUGGUGGAUCCUUAUGUCUAUGUUGAAAUCCAUGGAAUCCCUGCUGAUUGUGCAGAACAAAGGACAAAAACAGUGCACCAGAAUGGAGACGCUCCCAUUUUUGAUGAAAGCUUUGAAUUUCAAAUCAACCUGCCAGAAUUGGCCAUGGUGCGCUUUGUAGUGCUGGAUGAUGACUACAUCGGGGAUGAAUUCAUCGGCCAGUAUACAAUUCCCUUUGAAUGUUUACAGACGGGCUACCGCCAUGUCCCCUUGCAGUCCUUAACUGGAGAGGUCCUUGCACAUGCUUCCUUAUUUGUCCACGUGGCUAUUACUAACCGAAGAGGAGGAGGGAAGCCUCAUAAAAGGGGCCUUUCUGUGAGAAAAGGGAAGAAAUCCAGGGAAUAUGCAUCUUUGAGAACAUUGUGGAUUAAAACUGUGGAUGAGGUAUUCAAGAAUGCCCAGCCCCCUAUACGGGAUGCCACAGAUCUGAGAGAAAACAUGCAGAAUGCGGUGGUGUCAUUCAAGGAGCUGUGUGGUCUGUCCUCUGUGGCCAAUCUCAUGCAGUGCAUGUUGGCGGUGUCCCCCCGCUUUCUGGGGCCUGAUAACACACCCCUAGUGGUCCUGAAUCUCAGCGAGCAGUACCCCACAAUGGAGCUGCAGGGAAUUGUGCCGGAGGUUCUGAAGAAGAUCGUAACAACUUAUGACAUGAUGAUUCAGUCCCUCAAGGCGUUGAUUGAAAAUGCAGAUGCUGUAUAUGAAAAGAUUGUACAUUGUCAGAAGGCAGCCAUGGAAUUCCAUGAACACUUGCACAGCAUAGGCACCAAGGAAGGUUUGAAGGAAAGAAAGCUACAAAAAGCAGUGGAGAGCUUUACCUGGAAUAUUACCAUCUUAAAGGGACAAGCAGAUCUUUUGAAAUAUGCUAAGAAUGAGACUUUGGAGAACCUGAAACAAAUCCAUUUUGCUGCUGUUUCAUGUGGACUGAAUAAACCGGGCACCGAAAAUGCUGAUGUCCAGAAGCCACGCCGGAGCUUGGAAGUCAUACCUGAAAAAGCAAAUGAUGAAACUGGAGAAUGAGGAAACUUACAAUAAAUCAUUAUGGAGUUUAUAACUCUAGGACCAAUUGUAGUCAGAUGGGACAUUUGCUUUGCACUCGCUAAUGAGAAUAAUAUUCGGGAUUUUAAAGCACAACUGGAAUAGCUAAUUACAGUCUAUUAAAACUGUGAAUGUAUGUAGCAAUCCUGCGUGUGAAGGCAAAUAAACUCUAUAGCAAGCAAUUAUAUUGCUGGCCAAAAUAUGCUAUAUUUGUAUACAAAGACAUUCUAACUCAGUUCCAGUAUGAAGAACAGAUUAUUCACUCUAGCUCCAUUGAGAAACAUUUUCCUAAGUGAAAACAAUUUCUUAAGAUGGAAAUGGAUUGGAUUGUCAAAUUAUUAUUUAUUGGAGAAAAAACCUGAUCUACGCAUUUUUACUUAUGUGGGGUUGCCAGAGUAUCUGGGUUCUAGAUGAUUUUGGUGGCAUGCUUGCUGAGCCAUAAUUACUAAGGAGAAUGUAAGUGGACAGGUUCCCUGAAUCCCCGGGGUCCUUGGAGAGCCAUCGAGGAGAAUGUGCAAUUGGACUGAAGCUCCCUGGCUGAAGACACAUGCCGAAUCAGCACAUGGGUAGAGAUGAUGUAAAAGCAACAAAUCUGGAAACAAUACAUUGUAAAUAGUUUUUCAUUGUAUGAAGUAGUGUUCACAUUAAAAAGAUGUUUUAUGAUAUUUCUCCAA